ACCCACCUCUCUUUCCCUCCUCUUUCUCCAACCUUUGACAGCUAAAGUUGUCCCCGGUGUGAAAAAGGAUUCUUUCUGCUCCAACACACAUAAGCAGCGCACUCCUGUCUGUGUCCUGGCUGCUGAAUACGGGGUCCUUGAGGUGUCAGGGCAAGUAAGGAUCUUCUGACCUGGGGGAACAAAAUAUAAGACAUUACAAAAUUUAAUUACAAAAAUUAAGAAGGGGAAAAAGAAGAAGAACAUAACCCAAAGAAGAAUUUCCUCAGCAAAGUGUAUUACUGGGACUUUGCACUACAUUGUUUCAGGUGAACUAUGACCACUUUGCUCCUACUGUUCGUUUGUUUGCGAUUCAUCGCAGCGACAAUCUCCACUGAGCUGUCAGACCCAGCUAGUGCACUCAGCGUGAGCAUCCCGGGGCAGUCUCCACUGCGUCCCCUGCUGGGCAGCUCGCUGGUCGUGCCCUGCUACUUCCUGGACAGCACACCCCAUGACCCCACUUCUGCCCCUCUCACCCCCCGGAUCAAAUGGAGCCGGAUCUCCAAGGAAGGCGAGUCUGUCAUCCUGGUGGCCACAGAGGGAAAGGUUCGAGUCACUGCCGAGUACAUGGAUAGGGUGACCAUGGUCAGCUACCCCCUGGUACCAACUGACGCCACUCUGGAGAUCAACGAGCUGCGUACCAGCGACUCGGGUAUCUACCGUUGCGAGGUGAUGCAUGGCAUCGAGGACAGCGAGGACACUGUCGACAUCCAGGUCAAAGGCAUUGUAUUCCACUACAGAGCUAUCUCAACUCGCUACACCCUGACCUUCGAGAAGGCCAAAAGUGCCUGCAUACAGAACAGCGGCACCAUCGCCACGCGUGAGCAGCUGCAGGCAGCAUACGAUGAUGGGUUCCACCAGUGUGAUGCUGGUUGGCUCUCAGAUCAGACCGUCAGGUAUCCAAUUCAUAGUCCACGAGAGGGUUGCUACGGUGACAAGGAUGAGUUCCCUGGUGUCCGAACGUACGGAAUUCGGGAAACUAACGAGACAUAUGAUGUGUACUGCUUCGCAGAGGAGAUGUCAGGCAAGGUCUUUUACUCCACCUCCCCAGCUAAAUUCUCAUUCUCGGAAGCAGAGGAGCAGUGCAUUAAGCUUGGCGCCCAACUAGCCACCACUGGGCAGCUCUACCUGGCCUGGCAGAAGGGCAUGGACAUGUGCAGCGCAGGCUGGCUGGCUGACCAAAGUGUCCGCUACCCCAUCACUAUAGCCAGGCCAAACUGCGGGGGAAACCUGGUGGGUGUCCGAACCGUCUAUCGCUACCUGAACCAGACUGGCUAUCCCUACCCAGACUCCCGCUAUGAGGCCAUCUGCUACCGAGAUGAGCCAGUGGAAGCUGUCACCGCGGCGACAGACGGAUACCAAGCCACAGAAGCAGAGGAAGUGACCACAGAGAUCGGCAGUGGUCUGCUGACGGUUGAGACCUUCACUGAGGGCCCGGAGCUCUUCUUCACCAAGCUGACCUCGACGGGGGAGCUCCAAGGAGAGGUGGUCACACUGGAGCCUGUCGACCUGACUGGCACUCCCGCGGUAGAGCCCUUCAGUGCCACUGAGGUCAUCGAGGGAUUCCCCCCCUCUGUCACCAUGGACUUCGUCUUUCCAGGUGUCAACGUCACUGAUCUUCCCUUGUCUCCACCUCCUGGCAUCACCGAAGAGGUCCUGACCCCGGAGGAGGUUACGGCAGAACUCACCGGCACCCCAGGGUUCCUGGUGGAGGAGCUGAUCAGCGUGGUCACUGCCGCCCCUGAAAUCGGCUUUCCUUUGGUAACAGAAGGAGCUGAAAAUGCCACAGACGUGCAGGAGGAAGUCAGCACCCUGACCACAGAGCUGCCACCCACUGCCCUUCUCCCAACAGGUUUGGUGUUCCACUACAGGGCAGCGUCCAGCCGCUACUCCCUCACCUUUGCCCAGGCUCAGCAGGCAUGUCUGGAAAACGGUGCCGUCAUCGCCAGUCCGGAGCACCUCCAGGCCGCUUACGAGAGUGGCUUCAACCAGUGCGAUGCAGGCUGGCUCUCCGACCAGUCCGUCAGGUAUCCAAUCGUCACUCCACGAGACAACUGCUACGGUAAUAUGGAUGGGUUCCCUGGUGUGAGGAACUAUGGUGUGCGUCCGGCCAGCGAGCAAUAUGACGUGUACUGUUACAUCGACAAGCUCAGGGGUGAGGUUUUCCACGCAAGCUCAGUCGAGCGCUUCACGCUUGAAGAAGCCAUGUCAUAUUGCCUUGACCAGAACGCGACCCUCGCCACCUGUGGAGAGUUGCAUGCCGCGUGGAAGCAGGGUCUGGACAAGUGUCGCGCAGGUUGGCUGCUUGACGGCAGCGUGCGGUAUCCCAUCACCACCCCAAGGCCCUUCUGUGGUGGGGGGAAAACCGGCGUUAUCACCGUCUACCGGUUCCCCAACCAAACAGGCUACCCAGAGUCACACUCCAAAUAUGACGCCUACUGCUUCCGAGCCGCUGAGGAGGAAGCUGUAACUGCAUUCCCAGAGUUGGAGAAGGUGACCAGACUGACCCUUGAGGUGGAGCCACCAGUCACCCCCACAGGGCUCUGGGAGUACCCUGUCACUGGCACGCCCCCUUACGAAGACGAGCUAUUCACAGGCACAGAGGACAUGUUGCAGACAGUGAACGUUACGGCCAUUCCCUUGAUCACUGUCCCACCUGAGGACAUCAGCGGCUCUGCGUACAGCGGGCUGCCAUCGGGAGGAAGCGCCAUUUCUUCAGGAGAUGAAUCAGGAGUCAUGUCUGGGGACAUCUCAGGAGAUGCCAGCAGCAGUGGAAUUCCAGAUAUGAGCGGGGAGGCCUCUGGAUUUGCAGUCACCAGUGGAUUGACCUCUGGGACCAGCGGCGAGGGGUCAGCUAUAGAUGUGACCUUGAUUGACACUGAACAAUUUCAAUCUGGCCAGGGAUCUGGUGUCUUCCAGGAAGCUGGAGGGGAGAUUUCAGGAGAAACAUCUGGAUUUCCAGAUAUCAGCGGGCAGGGAUCCGGAGACUUAAGUGGGUUCUUUUCCGGGUUCACUUCUGGGUUCCCUAGUGGGGACUUUUCUGGCAUCAGUGGACUCUCAUCAGGGAUUCCAGACAUCAGCAGCUCCGGAGUGACAUUCAUUGAAGGAGGCUUUGUUCAGGUGAUACCCACGCCACAGGUCAAGGAAGAAGCAGGAGUGGGAAGCCUGGAAGAAAGUGGCAUUUCAUCUGGUGAUGCCAGUGCAGAAUACAGUGGUCUGCCCUCUGGAAUUCAUGAUGCCAGUGCGGAUUAUUCUGGGUUCCCUUCUGGGUUUCCAGACAUGAGUGGGGCCAUUUCUGGAACCAGUGGACUUCCUUCUGGCUUUUCAGAUACCAGUGGGUAUUCAUCAGGGAUCAUCAUUUUGGAUGGAGAUUGGAUUGAGAUUGAGACAAAGAUUCCAAAAAUUGAGGCUGAAGCAGGACAAGAGGUGGAGGCCAGCGGUUUGCCUUCUGGAGACUUUUCUGGAAUUUCUGGAAUAAGUGGACUUCCCCUGGACACAAGUGGAGACAUUUCAGGUUUCCAGGACUUAAGCGGUGAGGGUUCAGGAAUGCCAGACAUAAGUGGACUUUCAUCUGGAAUCCCAGAUUUAAGUGGUUUCACUUCCGGAAUUACAGAUCUUAGUGGACUUUCUUCUGGAUUCCCUGAAAUUACUAUGGUAGAUCUCGGAUUGGUGGAAUUAGUUCCCCCAACUACCAGUGUGGAGCAGGAGCUGGGUGGUGGGCCGUCCGUGCUUCUGGAAUUCAGUGGUCUGUCAUCUGGGGAUGUUUCAGGAGACUUGUCCGGAUUACCCUCUGGUAUAAGCGGGGACGUAUCUGGAAUGGUGAGUGGACUUUAUUCAGGGGAGCUGGACUUCAGCGGCUUACCCAGUGGAUUCCCCUCCGGAAUACCAGACAUCAGUGGAUUUGAAUCUGGAUUCCCAGACGUGACCCUUGUAGACUGCAGCCUUGUCAAAGUGACAGAAAAAACAGAUGUUGAGCAAGAACUGGGAGAGGGUCCUUCUGGAUUUCUGGAUUUCGGAUCCGGAGAGCCAAGCGGGUCCUCUGGACUUCCAGAUAUCAGUGAAGCAUCAGGAAUCCCAGAUAUCAGUGAAGCAUCGGGAAUCCCAGAUAUCAGUGGAGCAUCAGGAAUCCCAGAUAUCAGUGAAGCAUCAGGAAUCCCAGAUAUCAGUGGAGCAUCGGGAAUCCCAGAUAUCAGUGGAGCAUCAGGAAUCCCAGAUAUCAGUGGAGCAUCGGGAAUCCCAGAUAUCAGUGAAGCAUCGGGAAUCCCAGAUAUCAGUGAAGCAUCGGGAAUCUCAGAUAUCAGUGGAGCAUCAGGAAUCCCAGAUAUCAGUGGAGCAUCAGGAAUCCCAGAUAUCAGUGGAGCAUCGGGAAUCCCAGAUAUCAGUGGAGCAUCAGGAAUCCCAGAUAUCAGUGGAGCAUCGGGAAUCCCAGAUAUCAGUGAAGCAUCGGGAAUCCCAGAUAUCAGUGGAGCAUCAGGAAUCCCAGAUAUCAGUGGAGCAUCGGGAAUCCCAGAUAUCAGUGGCCUUCCUUCCGGGGAGGUUUCAGGAAUCUCUGCUAGUGGAGAUGUAUCAGGGUUUACAGACAUCACCUUCCUUAUCUCGGAGGAGGUGAUAGAAGUGGCCACCAAGCCAACGAUGUCCCAGGAGCUGGGACAGGGGCCCCUGGAAGCAAGUGGAGAAUCAUCCGGGAUACCUGUAGCAAGUGGGGAGCCCUCAGGAGUCCCAGACAUUAGUGGAGAAGUUUCUGGAAUACCUUCCGGAGAUUUACCUGCAGUAAUUCUGAGCUCCGGCUCUCCAGACCAGGAACUUACAAGCAGUACUGGUGGUCCAGAGGAGACACUCUCAGAAAUAGGACAGGUCGUUCCUGAAGUACUCAUCACUCCACCUGUGCCCAUUGCACUUACCACUGCACCGGCAGUGAUUGCCAUAGAGACACCGUCAGUUCCAGAGGAGACAGUCUUGGAAGAUAUUCCCGACCCCUGUGUUCCAAAUCCUUGUGGCACAGGAACAUGUGCAGCCCAAGACGGGAUUGCAUUCUGCCGGUGCCCGCCAGGACUGACCGGAGACGACUGCCAGAUGGACAUUGAUGAAUGCCACUCGGGGCCCUGCGUGAAUGGAGCUUCCUGCAUUGAUGGCAUCGACUCUUACAAAUGCUUAUGCCUUCCCAGCUACGGAGGGGACCGCUGUGAGAAGGACUUGGAGACCUGUGAGGAAGGCUGGAUGAAGUUCCAGGGAAACUGCUACCGCCACUUCUCUGAGCGGGAGACCUGGGUGGAUGCAGAGCGCCGGUGCAGAGAGAUCAGCUCCCAUCUAGUGAGCAUCAUGACCCCUGAGGAGCAGGAGUAUGUGAACAACAACGCGCAGGACUACCAGUGGAUCGGACUGAAUGACAGGACGCUGGAACGCGACUUUCGCUGGUCUGACGGACACCCCCUGCAAUUUGAGAACUGGAGGCCUAACCAACCGGAUAACUACUUCAGUGCUGGAGAGGAUUGUGUGGUGAUGAUCUGGCAUGAGAACGGGCAGUGGAACGAUGUGCCCUGCAACUACCACCUUCCCUUCACGUGCAAGAAGGGCACCAUGUCUUGUGGAUCCCCUCCAUUGGUAGAAAAUGCCAGAAUGUUUGGAAAGAGUAAAGACCGUUACGAAGUGAACUCAAUAAUCCGGUACCAGUGCAACCACGGGUUUACACAGCGCCACCUGCCUGUGAUCCGCUGCAAGGCAGAUGGACAGUGGGAGCAGCCUCGAGUGGAGUGUAUAGAUUCCACUGCCUACAGCCGCAGACUACACAAGAGAUCAACUAGGAGUCGAUCGAGACAAGCCAGCAGAUCUUGGGGAAAACUCAGAUAAAAAGGGAAAGGGGAGAUUGCUAAAGAAGAAAGAUUUUUAAAAAGAUAAUUAUUUUAAAGAACAUUUAUAUAAAAAAAAGAGAGAGUCAUUUUUCUGUCUGAAAAAAAAGAGAGAUUAUAAAAUAAGAACCACCCAUCUUGUAUAUACAAACACCAAAGCGAGCUAGCCUUGAA